GCCGCUUUUAUAAAGAAAGGCGUUUUGGGAGCUCGCAUUCCUCAAGAAACGUCUCGGUUGAUCAUCCUCUUCGUCAAGGUUGGCUGUUCCCCCGCAGCAAGCGUUGUUGAUCCCGAUACUUGACCAGGCCGCCAGAAUGUUUUCUCGCAACACAGCACAGGCACUGCGGUCUUCCAUGCGGUCGUGCUCCGGCUGCUCGGCCUCCCUGUUUCCGCUCGCACUGCAACCGCUCUCGUUCCGGCUUCUCAGCACAUCCGUACCGAGGCUCAAGGUGUCGAAAGUCUGGGACAGCGCGGACGAGGCGGUUAAGGAUAUUAAGGCCGGCUCGGUGGUCCUCAGCAGCGGCUUCGGGCUCUGCGGUACGCCGGACACGCUCAUUGCAGCCAUUUCACGAAAUCGGGAUAUUCAAAAUUUGACUUGCGUCAGCAACAAUGCAGGCGUAGGCGAGAGAGGCUUGGGAAAGCUCUUACACACGCGGCAGGUGUCUAAGAUGGUUUCCUCAUUCAUUGGGUCUAACAAGUACUUUGAACAGCAAUUCCUCAGCGGUCAGGUAUCUCUGCAACUAACACCACAAGGCAGUCUUGUCGAAAAGUGCCGUGCCGGCGCAUUCGGAAUUCCAGCGUUCUACACGCCGACUGGCUACGGAACAGCAGUCCAGACUGGCGAGUUGCCAGUGCGUUACGAGAAGAACACGGACGAGACGGCCAAGCCGAAAAUCAUCGAGAUGAGCAAACCCAAAGAGGUCCGGGAAUUCAACGGCAGAGGGUACAUUCUCGAGGAGUCCAUCUUUGCUGACGUUGCCAUUGUGCACGCGUGGAAAGCCGAUGAAAUGGGAAACUGUGUUUUCAGAUAUGCUGCUGGAAACUUUGGCCCAGCAUUCGCCAAGAACGCCAAAUUGACUAUCAUCGAAGCGGAGGAGAUCGUACCUACCGGGACCCUUGAUCCUAACCAUAUUCACCUACCAUCAAUCUUUGUCGACCGCAUUGUCAAAGCAGCUCACGAGAAGCAGAUCGAAGUUGUCACUCUCGCAGAGAAGCAAGGGGAGCCUACUGCUUCCAGCAGUGGAGGCGACAGCACCAAAGACAUCGCUCGCCACAGACGCGAGCUGAUUGCGCGCCGUGCAGCGAAAGAGCUCAACAAUGGUGAUUACGUUAAUCUCGGCGUGGGUAUGCCAACGCUCGUGCCCUCGUUCGUGCCGGAUGGUGUCGACAUUGUCCUUCAUUCCGAAAAUGGUAUCCUCGGCAUGGGUCCUUACCCAACGAAAGAGACUCUGGACGCGGAUAUCGUCAAUGCUGGAAAGGAAACGGUCACUCUCCUCCCUGGUGCUGCAACAUUUGAGAGCUCGGAGAGCUUCGGAAUGAUCAGGGGGGGGCAUGUGGACGUGACCAUGCUCGGUGCGCUGGAGGUCGACGCAUUCGGAAACCUUGCGAACUUCAUGAUUCCAUCUCGGCUCGUUAAGGGAAUGGGAGGUGCAAUGGACCUUGUUUCCAGUCCCGACCACACGAAAGUCGUCGUCCUAACCGACCACACAGACAAGAAUGGCAAGCCCAAGAUUGUUCAAGAUUGCAAGCUUCCUCUCACUGGCGCACGCUGUGUCAGCCGCAUCAUCACCGAGCUCGCGGUUUUUGACGUCGACCGCAAGAAUGGUGGUCUCACGCUGAUUGAGCUGAUGAGUGAUGCGACGCUAGAGGAUGUGAAGGCCAAGACGGACGCAGAAUUCAAUGUCGCUCUGUGAAAGAACCCAUAAAUGAAUGUUCAACGCGACUGGCUAGCCUUGUGAGAUUGGCGUUCUGUUGGCGCUGUACAUUCUUGUGUGCGAGUAUGUACCAGAAGUAGAAAAUGGAGAAAAGACCGCA